CGCAAACAACAGAAACUACAUCCUUACAUCGGUUACUGUAGUUUAAUGAAAUUCAACCUACCUACACAGUCAUUUCUGCAGACGAAGAAAACUGUACUCUUCACUACCAAAACAGGUAUUCCAGCUACAAUGGGAGCGACAGAAAGCAUAUUGGAUGAGAGUAACGAUUACAUAAACUGUACAGAUGAAAAUGGUUACAACAUUUCAUUGAGUAACACUGGUUGCAAAAGUGUCGUUUCAUCACAUCUCUCGCCGUCUUUAAACUCCGCAAUUUUCUUCCAUGUUAUAGAAUCUUUUCUAUUAUUCUUGCUUCUCAUUGGGAAUGUGACAAUUUGUUGGAUCAUUUUCUCCGAUGAAUACUUGAGAAACAAAGCUAAUGUGUUCGUUGCCGUACUUGCAAUGUCUGACCUCUGUUUCGGUUGCAUCACCGUUCCAUUCACAGUGGCUGGAUUCUUUACGACUUGGUACAGAAACAGUAUAUUGUGCAACUUUAGCGGUUUUGUGAAUACAGUGUUUCCAGUUGCUGCUAAUAUAACUCUUUGCUAUAUCAGCGUCGACAGACUAAUUUUUGUAAAGCGUCCAAUUCGGUACGCCAAAUUAUGCAAACCAAGUAUCACAGGAAUUGGUAUUCUCUCGAUUUUUGUACAAUCAGUGUUCCUGGCCGCGUCACCACUUUUUAAACUCGGCACCUAUUUUUACCAUCCAGCUCUCUACUACUGCAUCAUUGACGUUGCGUCAACACCGGGAUUCGCGUUCGCUUUUUUCGUUUUUGGAUAUUUCAUCCCGUCCACCAUAUUAUGUUUCUGUUACUAUCGUGUGUAUCGUGCUGCACGGAUUCAGAUUUUGAGGGUCCGAGCAGACGCGGUCAGCUACCAGGCGUCUGCUUCAAGACACGUCCUUCGUGGCGCAAAGCGUGGGUUUCAUCGCACCGCUCGAACGCUCAUUUUAAUGAUUUUACUGCAUAUUGUAUGCUGGACCCCAUCCAUUACCAUAUAUCUGAAACGGAUGGUAUCGCCUACUUAUAGCCCAUCUAAUACCACAGUGUAUCUAAGCUGGUUUUUAAUUUUAGUCAACAUGUCCCUAGAACCAUGGGUUUAUGGAAUGCACAAUAACAGGUUCCGACAAAUGGUGCGUCGCUUUUUGGCAGUAUGUCGCUGUUUGCCACACCCACGCGUAAUGCGUGCUUUCAAAAACAGAAAUAAAAAGUACCAAGUGAGUCCGUUUAUCUAACUACGUUAAAACACGGACGAGUUGUCGAGUACCUGUCCUUCUUUUUCAGGCAAUGGAGCCGAUAUCUGUUUAUCAAUUAUACAAUUGUUUAAUUACAGUAUUUAAUUAGUAAUUGAACUGCGAUGUGUAAGCACUUUUGGUGGUGCCAUGCAUCAAUAACUUCUGAUUUGAUAGAAAAACAGGAUGGUAAUUAAAUAACACUCAUAAGGGCGUAGGCUGGUUUCGGCCCCGGCGUUUGGGGGUAGGGGCGGGGAGGUGAGAAAUGUGGAACUAAAUCACAGAAUGUUGUGCUAAAUCCCUAUUGUUCAAAUUUAGGAGAGAGGAGGGUGUAAAAAUGUUUCAAAAAAAAAAAAAAAAAAAAAAAUAGGGAGGUUCGCCCCCGGGAAAAUUUUGAUUUCUAGAUGAGCUUUUCUGAGGUGUCUUUUUAAUGACUUUGAUUUUGUUCAAAACUCAAGGUGUUCCCCUCUUGAAAACGGUCAGAUAAACUUUCUCAUUCUUAUUACAGUAAAUAGGCCUAUUAUGUGUGCGUAUACAUAGGCCUACAUAAGAAAAAAUUGACUAUACAUACGUAUUCCUUUUGCUAAUCGAUGAACCCCAAAAGGAAAAGGGGUCCGGGGUCCUCCCACGGAAAAAUAUUCAUUCUUAAAUUGGAGGAAAUGAGACUUCCCGACUUCUAAUUUUCCCAUUGUAACAAAAAAAAUUCAGCUCAUCCUGAAAAGGUAGGUCUAGAAUUUUUUGGCAGAUCCGUCAAUGUUUUAACCCAUUUAGUGGAACUAUUAGCUGCCUGGUAGCGGUAGGGGGAGUGUUUAGGCCUACGGAUCCUUCAACCUACACCCAUGAUUCAUGGAAAUGAUGAUCAUUUGUUUUGUAAGAUACAGUUUGUAAAAAUAAUGUAUUAGUAACUGUAGCUUUAGUGAUUUGAUUCUUGCCUUUCAAUAUAAUUUUCUGUGUUUAACAUCUGUCAAGCUUUUAUGAAGUAUAAUUGGCUAUUCCACUGAGCAUCACCCAUUAGAUAGUGGUUGCAAAGGUCUCACAAAACGAGAGCGUGAACGUACGUAAAUACGUGCGUUUGUAUGCCUAGCAAGCGCGAAUUUCUAGUACUUUUCUGAUUUGUCAGUCGUUAAGACACUGCUGGAGUGUCCGUUUGCUGUAUAGGGAGAAUGUAGCUUGACACUAAAUGAAUUAUCCAGUAGAAAAAAAAAAUACUAAUAAAUUACC